AAGAACCAGGAAUCCAGAGACGGCCAGUUAGGUCGUGAUAAGUGCUCCUCCCUCUUUGAAGUUUUCGUUCCUCUCACAUAACCGCUUUCCCUUCUCUGCAGCCCUCUCUUCUCCAUCGAGAUCUCCGAUCCGUCUCCUCCAAAUCGUGAAAAUUUCCCCCGAUUGUCCCCUCCAAUCUUUCCACCUUCCCAGCCGAAACCCUCUUCCAUCCAUCGACGCAUCGAAAUCAAAGCUAUGCCCGUCUCUCAGCCUAUCACCGGCGGCUAUCGCCACAGAUAUGCCUCCAAUCGUGGCGCCGUUGGGCCACCCUAUGGGAGGAUCAUCUCGAUCCCUGGCAUCUCCAAUCCUGCCGCUUCUUCCGAUCCCUGCAGGGAACUCCCCUUCCGUAGAAGACACCAAGAUUUUGUUCUUAACGAUCCCUACGCCGCCCCCGGCGGUCCGCCUCCUUUGAAGAGGAGGAGGAUGAGGUCCGAUGGUUUUACGUGGGACGGUCGCGCUGGUGGUAAUAUAGCGUCCACCAGUAGCAGUUCCUUUCUGCAGCCGCCUAGGAGAGGUGUUGAUGCGCGCUACGGUCCCCCAAGCGCCGGACAGAAUCACGCGCCGGUGAGGUCGGAAGGGGAGAACGCUGCUUUCGUGUCGAGGGAUGAGAUCGAAAGGUGCUCUCCGUCUCGAAAGGAUGGCAUCGAUCCCUUGCUCGAGACACAGCUGCGGUACUCCUACUGCUCGUACCUUCAGAAUCUCGGGAUGAGACUCGAGCUGCCGCAAACUACUAUUGGAACAGCGAUGGUUCUUUGCCACCGCUUCUUUUUCCGGAGGUCCCAUGCUUGCCACGAUAGAUUUAUGAUUGCGACAGCAGCUCUGUUCCUGGCAGCAAAGUCUGAGGAAACACCAUGUGUCUUGAACUCUAUGCUCAGGGCAUCAUGUGAAACUUCUCAAGAACUAGAGCUUUCUUACUAUCCAUACUUGCAUCAUAAGGAUUGGUUUGAGCAAUACCGUGAACGGGUCAUUGAAACCGAACAAAAGAUACUAACUACUCUGGAUUUUGAACUUGAAGUGGAGCACCCAUAUGUCCCUCUUGCAUCAGUACUUAACAAACUUGGACUUUCACAAUCUGUUCUUCUUACAGUCGCUUGGAAUUUUGUCAGUGAAGGGAGUAUUUUCGAAUGUUCGAAUUAUAUAUCUUUGAAUGUUGGAAUUAUAUGGCAAUGAUCUAAACAUGGGUCCGAUAUUGGUUUGACAACCGAUUGGAUUGGCAUACCGGGUAUUAUACCGACUUGUACCUUAGCAUGUUACUGAAAAUAUAAAAAAUAGAAUAUCAGUCAGUGCAGACUGGUUGGUACAAACCAGUUUGAUUGGUAUUUGAAACCUUAUUACAUAAUUUUUUUUUAUCUUUUAUUAAUAUGGUUUUUGUGUCUUGUCCUUGUACUACAAUAUUUCUGCAGGUCAUUUUUUCUUGUGUCAUAUUGAUUGUUUGAUAUGUCAUAAAUUGCAGGGUUUUCUUCACAAGACUAAUGUGCUAUAUGUGAUAUUCUUAGCUGGAGGAUAUGCGUUCAUGCAAAGCACUUUUUGACGAAUAGCAAGAGUUGGACAAAUAUUAGAUGAAAAGUAUUAAUAUGAUUUUGAAUUGGUUAUCACACAAUUAAUGGAUCUCAAGCACUUUGCAUCAUGGGAUCUCUAAUUAUUCUUCUUGAUUUCAGAUGCCUGAGAUCCUUUCCUGGUGACUUGGCAAUUAAACACUAAAGCCAGUCUUCCUAUUUUGUUCUUUGAUUUUCAUUUAAUUUCUUGCUUCCUGUAUUAUGGUCAGAUUUGAUAUCAUCGUCCUCCUGUGUCCCUCGAGUCUUCUACUAUCUUUUGUUUGUGUUAUUUUAGUUGCUCACUCCUGUUCUUUAGUGGAUCUUUUCUGUACAGUCCAAUUCUGCUCUUCUCCAAGUGUCAACUUUUAUAUACUAAUCACAAAGUUGAAACUUAUAGAACCAUUUUUUGUUUAUUUUCUCCUCUCUCUCUCUCUCUCUCUCUGCCUUCUGUCCUUCCAUAACUAACUGGAAUCAGAACCAAAUCUUAUCCCUUUGCAUCUUUUUUCAGCAUGCAAGUUAAAUGAAAUUUUUUACUUACAGACUUAACACAAUGAUAAUAUACCAGAGCCAGCAAUACUCUUAAGAAUAGGUAGUUCUAUAUAUGCUAUAAUACUCUAAGAGAAUGAUUAAGAACAUAACAUUCCUAAACUUUUGUAGCCAACAGUUUGCCAGUGAUGUCCUUUAUUUCUUAUUUGCAUUGAGGUAAAAACAGGUGUUUGCUAUGUCAUCUGUAUGAGUUCCAAACAGCUUCUUCUAGUAAGGUAUCUUUUUAUGCUAGUAAAAAUAUCAAUAUCCUAAAAUAAUAAAUUGUUUCCCAGAAUGUUUCAUUUACUAGUAUGAGCAUUGCAUGGUCAUCUACAGGUAUAUGUGUGUGGAAUUGAGGGUGAUGGUUGACCGAAAGUUGUUAUAGAUCUCUUGGCUUCCCACAACACCAUGAUGAUCUGGAGUUGAAUUUAAAAUGAUGUCUUGCUUAAGUUCAAUAGGCUGAAUCUUGUUCCAACUACUUAAGGACCAUCGGAUGUGUAAAUACACAUCUAUUAAUUGUUUUUGUUCAAAAUGAGGUACCAAUUAAUACUUCAACCUGCUCAUGAUUCUUGGGCAUGCAUUAGCUAUUCAGGGAAGCAUGUGCAUUGGUAUAUUUUUGCAUAAUGCAGGGUAUCUGAUUAGUUCAUGUUUGACAUACACUGAUAAGCAGAAGCUACAAGCAUCCAGGAGAGAUUUGUUUUCUCUCUCUUUGUGUCACAAAUUUCUACUACUUUCCUGAUUGAGUAUAUGGAUAAUGGGAGGGGGAACUUUGACGGGAGCAUUCCUGAGUUCAGGAAUUGGUGCAUAGUUACCAAAGACAUGCUAUAGUUUAGCUCUAACACAGAAUUUCAACUGAAGAUUCUCAGACUAUAUAUCAGCUGGACUGCUGCUUUGAUAUUUGGUAAGGAGUCUUUGGCAUGUAGGCUUGUUUGUUCUGCUCCAUGAUUCUUAUCCUGUCAUAAUUUUAUAUUUGUUAUCUCAUCCGUUUUGCUUAUGUUAAUUCUUGGAGCACGUCAUGUAACUUGGGACACUAAAACAUUGCCACAGAAAAAUGGUUUGGCUAUUAGCUUAUCAUCUUUAGCUUGUUAUUGCCCCUGAUCAUAACAAUGGACCAAUUGUUUAAUCAAAUGCUUAUGGUUUUAUAAUUUUGCAGAUACCGCAGUUCUCUUUGCCUUCAGUUUAAGCCUCGUCAUAUCGCUGCUGGAGCUGUAUUGCUUGCCGCCAAGUGCCUAAACUA